CCCUACCAAAUAACCAUACCUCUCACCUAAUCAUGGCCGCAUCAGCCGCAGCCGCGGCUCCCUUUAGCUUUCCGCGCGAAUACAGCUUCCCUCCCUUCUUUACUCGCCAAACAAAUCUUACCACACACCACGCCCAGCUGACAAAAUGGAGCGCCUUGGUCCUCGCCUACGCUCGCCACCACAAGAUGUUCCGCCUCUCACUGUCCUCGGCUGCGGAAACGGACCUAUUCCACAAUAAAGCCAUUAACAGACGCCUACAGCCGGCUGAUAUCCGCGACGUGUUUGACUUUAUGCGCAAGGAAGGCAGGGCAGACUAUGUCAGCGAAGGCGCGCAGGAUGUCGUCUUUAUCUUCUGGAAGACGAUUGAUGAGUGGGCGGCUGUCGUGGAGGCAUUUGUUGACCAGACGGCGCAUAAGGGUAGUAUUUUGACACUAUAUGAGCUCUCAGAGGGCGAUGCGACUCUUGGAACAGAUCUUCACGGUAUCGAUGCUGAGAUUCUCCGCAAAGCCCUUAAUGUGCUUGUCAAACGGGGCAAGGCACAGAUCUUUGGACAAGAGGACUCGCUUGGUGUCAAGUUCUUCUGAAAUAUUGACUAUCAAAAACUAUUCAAGAUCCCUAAAAGAGGGCACGACUACUACCUGCAACUAUGGCAGGCUGACCACCGAAUCCCGCACCAGACGUCACACUUACUGCAUACAGCGGUAUAUAUUUGCUUUCACAUAAUUAACACGAAGACCCCAGCUUAUUCCUGAGCGGCAGAUAGAAACUUUUCGUCAAAACGGACCUGUUGCGCCAUGGCGACAUCUAGCAGCCAGUCUGGCGUGACGAUGCGUGGCUCCAUGUUGCCCUUUCUCGCCAUGUCCUCAAACUUGGGCCACAACUUGCGUUCCUCAGGGCUAGCACCGCUCAAGAGAUAGACAGGCUCAGGUGGCGCAUGUCCGUCUUCCUCAGCUGUCGUGGGUUUGAUGGUGGUGCCGCUGCGCGCGCGGUAAAUCUUGAA